AACGUCUCGGGCACGACGUAGGGGAGGCCGGUGGUGGCCGCAGCCGCAGUUUUGCCCCCGUGCCCGGCGGAGGUGGCCACGGCGCCGACGGCCCAAGUAUAUAGAAUUUAAGCAUUCUCUCAGAAGUGUCUGGUAGAGCUAAAGAAGACAACCAACCAAGGGUCAUCUGAAAUUGUGACUGGCCAAUAAUCCCAGGACAAAGUUAGAGAUCACUACUCAAGCAUAAGGCCUCUACAAAGAUGUUUGAUAUAAAGGCUUGGGCUGAGUAUGUUGUGGAAUGGGCUGCAAAGGACCCAUAUGGCUUCCUUACAACAGUUAUUCUGGCCCUAACUCCAUUGAUUCUAGCAAGUGCUGUACUGUCUUGGAAAUUGGCCAAGAUGAUUGAGGCCAGGGAAAAGGAGCAAAAGAAGAAACAAAAACGUCAAGAAAAUAUUGCAAAAGCUAAACGACUAAAAAAGGAUUGAAGGACUGAACAGGCUCUGCAACCAGAGGAAAAUCAUCUGGAAAAUUAUGCAGCUUUGGAAGGACCCAUUAAGGUUUCUUUUCAGAUCUUAUGACAGUAUUAUUUAGUAAACGAAGUCUGAGCAUGUGGAAGAAUCAUGUUAGUUCUCACCUGUAUUAUAGCAACUUUUAGGCUUCGGUGUAGAAGUCUGUUGACAGUUACUGUAAAUUGGCAUUUAUUGUGCUACAGAUUCUUUAUAACUGACUUAGUCAUUUGCCUUUUUGCAGCAUAUGUACUAAAGUGAAAACAUCCUGUGGAGAAAAAUUGCUUUAGAUUAUGGACUCUAUUCAAAUAAUGGCUUAAAAUGGGGUCCUGUUCUGGACAAAGGAGAUUAA